AUGUCUCGCUUCAGCAGGAAAGAGACGGAGAUUGCGCCGGAAGAGGCACCGCUGCUCAUUAAUGCCGCGGAUUUGGAUUCUCGGGUCGCGUCAUCACAUUCCGCGUCGUCGUCGACCGCCUCGAUGACGACGACGACUUCGAAAAAAGUCGUCGGACUCACAGGUCUGGCGUCGAUGAUGGUGCUUUUUGCCGUCGCCGGGUUUAAGAGUGGAAACGAUGGGUUCGAUGUCAUUCACAAGGCGGAGUCGUCUGCUUCGAAAUCAACUUCGAAACAACAACGAGAAAAUGGUCGAAUCGCGACGACGACGUCGGGAGGCCGCGCGAACAAACAGUCUUUGGGAGAAAUUCCACUGACGGCACAAUCGUACGACGCCAUCAGAGACAUGGUGAUGAAAGACGAGGAAAAGUCGAAAUCGAAGAAACGAGGAUCGACUUCGUCUUCUUCUUCUUCGUCGGCGUACGCUUCGGACCCUUUGCUCACGUUGCUUUCGAAAGACGGCGCGGACGCGAAGAGUUUUCCGAGUUUAGUCCCGCAGUUUGACGAGAACGAUUUCGCGUUCGCGGAUGGGUCGUGGAAGCACAGGCCGGCGAAAGAACACAACGGGAAGUUUACCAUGUGCUUAGCCGGUGGUAAGGAUUCGUGGGACGGGACGUACACGGGAAACUUAAACACGUUGUAUGAACCCGGUUUGUGCAUCGGCGAGGUCAGAGAGGAGUUAUCGGCUGAUUGCGACGUGAGGUUGUUCAACCAAGGCGCGUUCUUAUGGACCGCGGAUUAUAAAACCGAACACGCGGAAGGCGAAGACCCGCACUUUUUACCGCCCAAAAAGGAUCACUCGAAACAAGUAGACUUUUACUACGCGCACGAAUCCGCCGAUCACUACGGGUACGAGUUGAAAGAUCCGAAAAGUUUGAAGAACAUGCAAUACAUCGCUGCGUUCCAUCCGACCAAGACUGGAUUAUGGUACCCGUUCGGACCGUCUAUCUCUGCCUUAUUAACCGAUUACGAGUUAUGGAAGUUACCGAAAGAAGCGCGAGUGCCGGCCAUCGCCUGGUGGGCCAAAGAUUGCGCCGAAGAUAGAUCGGCCAUCUUAAAACACAUCGCCACGCGAUUUCCAGUCAUGUCCAUGGGUGGAUGUGAACACAACAUGGACGCCUUGAACGAUCCUGGACGCGACGGGAACCACAUGGAACAAGAUUUAAUUAAAUCGCAAUUCAUGUUUUACUUCGCCUUGGAAAACGGCGUCCAGUGUCCAAACUAUAUGACCGAAAAGCUCUGGGAUAGUUUAACUCGAGGUUCCAUCCCAAUCUACGUCGGCUGGGAUGGCAUAGAAGAUUACAUCCCGUCCAAAGAGUCCGUCAUCGACUUGCGCGAUUUCAACUCCGUGGACGAACUCGCCGCCAAGUUGGAACAAUACACCACGGACGAAAAGUUGUACCAAAAGGCGCACGAAUGGCGAACGAAAAACCCCAAAACGUGGCCUGAAGGUUUCCGCAAUCUCGUCCGUCACGUCUCAUCGGACUUAAAAGCCGGCAUGUGCAACACCCUUCGUCAAGGCUUACCCGGGAAAGGACACGCCAAGGACCAAGAAUCGGAAACGUGCGACCACAACCCGACGGUGUUAGGCGAGCCCGCGCAACGGAUCACAAAUAACUAUCGACAAGCCGCGAUUAAAUCGUGGCAAGAAUUUUUGAGCAGAGAUUGCAACGAAGACGAGUGCGCGUGGUACAAGUUGAGCGCGUUAGCCGCGGCGAACCGAUGA